AUGACGUAUCAAGAUAUGAUAGAAGUGAAUCCGUUUUUUAGGAAAAACCAGAUACAUUAUGUGGCAGAAGAUCCGGUGAUUGGAUUAGUUGUUGUUUCAGUGGCAGUUGAUAAAUUUAAUAUGAUUCAUUCACAUGUUUUUACAUGUUGUGGACCGCUUUCACUUCCUCUAAUAAGUCCUAAAAAUCAGGAGGAACUUAGUGUUGUUAUAUCACAUCUUCCUCAUGCAUCAAGAAGUCAGUCAUUCCAAGUGAUUGCAAUGGUUAUUCUUCAAUAUUUUACUUUUAUACCAUUGCAUAUUAAAAAAGAAGUUUUAAGACAAUAUAAUUAUUUAAAGAAUGAAGAAGAUCAAGAAAGAAGGAUUGCAUUUGAUGAAAUGCACGCGGGAGACAUUGCGGGACAUUGUAAACUUUUAAAGCUUUCAGAUAUAUCGUCAGUUUUGUGUUCUAUGUUACAACGACGAAAAAUGGUAUCUUUUAAUAUAGAUAUUAUUCUUCCGGACAAUCCGGAGGCUACGCCAUUAUUUUCUAAGCUUCAAGGAAUGACAAGAGAUGAGGAAAAACCGGAGGAUUUACCGUUUGAAAAUAAGAAAAUUGUUCCAGGGUCUAUGAUAGAUAAUUAUAAGGAAUAUGAUAAGAAGCGUUUAAGUAUCCUUGAUGAAAUCCUUCAAACCGAGAAAAAUUAUAUUAACAGACUGCGUCAUUUAGUACUUGAUUACGUUUUACCACUUAAAACUCAAGCCAAAUCGUCAAAAAAUCCACCUUUAGGAUUAUAUGAUAUUAAUAGGAUAUUUCCGGUAUCUCUUAAUGAUAUUAUAUCAUUAAAUUCAGCCUUUCUUCAAGAUUUCAUACAGGCGAAAACGGAAAUGGACAAGGCAAAUUCAUUUGUUACUCAUUUUUCUCGGUUUAAAAAAACAUAUGCCAAAUAUUUAGAACUAAGCGUAGACUUUGAAUCUCUUUUGAGGCAUAAUUUACGUAAUCCUAAAUUUAGGAAUUUUGUGGAUAAUCAGAAAUAUAAAGCAGAGAAAAACAUUAGUGUUCGAGAGCUUAUAAUGGAGCCUGUACAGCGAAUUCCUCGUUAUUCUUUAUUUCUGGAAAAUAUUAUUUUAUAUACACAUCCAAAGAGUCCAGCAUUAGCGUCUUUUCAAAAGGCCUUAGCUAUUAUCAAAGAAAUCGCACAAAUGAAAGUGAUGGAAGCAGAAAAAAGAUCCAAAUUAUUUCAGAAAUUAAUGAGUUAUAUUUCAGGAUUUCCAGCAGAACUUAUAUCAAAUUCACGCUAUUUCAUUACUGCAGUAGAUGUUAUAGAAAUUUUACCGCCUUUUUUGAAUUCAUCAGGAAGAUUAUUUUAUACUUUAUUAUUGUUUUCAGAUUGUCUAGCAAUAUUAAAAAAAACAUCACAUAUUCCUGUCGCGAAAGAUCUUAUUUCUAAUGAAGAAGAUUUAUCAUUUCAAAGAUUUCGAUCAAGACAGAACUCAUUCGGAUUUACAACUUCAGUUUCCAGAAAAGAUAUAUUGUUUCAAGGCUGGGCUAAUUUAGAUGAUCUUGAAAUAGACAUUGAUGAAAAUGAUGAUACAAAUAUGUGGAUAACAGUUCAAGCUCCUGUUAAUUCCUCUACAGAUAAAGAACUAUGGGGAAGCUUCUCUGAACACAAAAUGUCUAUAAUGUCUGAAUCAAAACAUUGUGUAAUAGGAUUUGUUGAAAAGUUCUGCAAAACAAAAGCCAAAAAUAAAACAUCAAAAAACUUUAUCGCAGAAAUUGAAAAAAAUAAUGUUAACAUUAUAUUUAAUGUUUUCGAAGCAUCUGAAUAUAAAAAAGAACGUAAAAAAUCAGAAAUUGCGAUUCAGUAUACUCAGCAAGGUUUAAUGAAUGCUUUUGAAAGAAAGUAUCCGAAAAUAAACACUUCUGGAUUGUUUUUAAUCGAAGAAUCAUCAGGAAUCUAUAGACUAGAUUUUUACUCGCCUUUCUCUUGGAAGUUAUCUCCCCAAAAAUUUCAAUAUCUAGAUAUGCUUUUAGAAAAUAUAUUCCAAAAAGCAAUUUUAUUUCAUAAUUUUUUAAAAUCCUGGGAUUCCCCUAAAAAUGUUACAUUUUUCAUAUCAAAAUAUAGGUUUCUCUUGUCUUGUUUUAUUAGAUUAAAUUUAACCUCAAGUUCAACUAAAACAUUUUUUCCACCAAUCACAUAUUUUAACUCUUCUAAUAAUCAUUCAAGUUCGAUUUUAGAAAAUAACCAACAGCCGCCUAGGGAUUUAGCAGCAUCACUUUCACAUAGUAACUCUCUAUCCAAAACUUUUGCAAAAAAAUCGUUUUUGCCAUUCAAUUCAACAAGGCUAAAUAAUGAAAAUCAUGCAUCAAAAAUUAAAAAUAAUAGUUCUUUGGAAAUAAUUAAAGAUAGACAUAUAAUUCAUGGCGCGGAGACAUUUGUUUAUACACUUUGUUCUAUAGAAGAUUUUGAUUCUAUAUCUACACUAACUUAUUCUAAUUCAGAACUUAAAAACGCAAUUGAACUCUCAAAUGAAAUCGCAAAAAAUCCUGAAAAGAAUUAUGCCGUUCUAGGCUCCCCUUUAAAGAUCGGCUAUGCAGCCUUUAAACAUUAUAUGAAGACACAUGUUAGUAAAAAAAUCGGACCAAUUUUGCCCCAAGAGUUUAUAAAAUCAUGCUUAAACAUAAUCAGUGAACCCAAUUCUAUUGAUGAGAAGAUAUCUAGAAUUCAUGAUAUCACACUAGUUUUGCCACAAGGAAAUUAUAAGAUUUUAUAUUUAGUCAUAUAUCUUACUUUGCAUAUUUUAAAUAAAACUCAUGGAGAAAAUUUGAAAGUUUUAUUGUCAAUAAUCUCGGAGGGCCUUGUACUAAAGAAUGACGUGCCUGUUUUGAUUCCUUUUUUGAAAUUUAUGACACAAAAUUUUUCUCAAAUAUUUUAUGAAUUUGCAAAAAAUAAUUCUGCAUCUACAUUAACUACAAACAAUACGUCAUCUAUUUUUUUUAGAAAUUCUAAUCAGUCAGAGAUCACAUCAUCAUCAUCAUUUACUAAUUCUUUUUAUGACGAACCAUUUAUUUUACCAGAUACAAACACUUCAGCUUUUACUAAUAUCAAUGAUAAAGACAUUGCUCCAUUACCAUUAAAAAAUUCAUUAUCUUUAAAUUGUGUUCAAAAAAAAGCAUCUAAAAAAGUUCUUCGAAAAAAUACAGCUUGUGAAUUAUCUCUUGGUACAACUGCUCCACACACUAAAUCCUCAAACAUAACCAAUCCGUUAUUAUAUUCAAAGUCCAAUGAUUUACAUAAUAUUUCAGAUUCAAGUAUCGACCAAGGAUAUGGAAAAACUUGUUUUCUAAAUCCAAAUAAGAAAUGUAUUAAAACUUAUAUAGAAAAAGAAGAUGAUUUUUCAAUAGUACCUAGGAAUUUUGAAAUAAAUUCAUCAACACAUUACGUUAAUAAUCGGAUAACAUAGCAUUGGUAUAACUUGAUUCAUGUAUGAUAAUAUUUGUUUAGGAU